ACAGUGUCGCUAUCUUGACAUCGAAAUCCCCCAGAAAAUAUUGGGGAAAGAAUACAAGCUUUUCCUACGAAUCGCUAACUUUUCUCCCCUUUGAAAAUCUAACCAAUAUUCAUAUCGGUUUUCUUAUAUCGUUGAACACUUGAAUUUUCUUUUUUCUAUUUAUUGUUUGAUAUUGAAGAAAGCAGGUUCUUCAAUUCAGCGUUAUUAGGGAAUUUUCAAUUCAUAAGACUAAUUGGUUUUUGGGGCUUUUGGUGGGUUUUCCUUAGCUAUGUCUCUCACCUUGGGAAAACUCACUAUCAUCGUUGGUGCAGGUAUCCUGGGCUCUGUUUUAGCAAAAGAAGGACGUCUACUCAGUUUCUCUGAUGUCAUUUCAGGUGCCAUAAAGGUUACUUUGAAGCCCACACAGCAAAGUGAUUCUGCUCCCUCAACAAGCAAGCCUAGAAAUGAUGCUCUAAUGGCUCAGGUUAAUAGUUUUGAGGCAAGAGCUGCAACUCCUUGCAUCUAGCAGACCCGUGGCAAUCGUGACUUCAAAUGGGACUGGUGGCAGCCAAUAUUGUGCAAUUAUUGUGAUUGUAGUUGUUGGCUAUGGAUAUGUGUGGUGGAAGGUUUAUCUUGUUGUUCCCCUAUGGAUGAAUUGGGUUGGAAAAUUCCCGACUUCAUGUUUGUGACCAAGCGCAGCUUAUCAGAUGCCUGCAAGUCUGUUGCAAAGCAGCUUGAUGAUGUUUUUCUCUCACUCAGGAUAUCUGUAGUACGUGGAACGGUUUCAGAGUUAACUGUGGAUCUCCAAACAGUCAAUCAUAAAAUCCGGACUCUGGAAACACGAAUGGGAAGAAUUAAAGAGAAACAGGAUGAGACAAAGGAAGGAGUUGCAAGAUUAUUACUUAGUACACUGGAUUUAGAAAAUAAAUUUGCAGAUCUUAUUCAGGAUUCAUCUUCUAGUGCUUCCAGGCCAUCUAUUGGACAUCAGAAACUUGCAUCUACAUCAAGGACUACGUCUCUGCCUUUAGCCUUGGAGGCUUCGUUUCCUUCAACAUCUAAUGGAUCUUACGAGGUUAAAAAACUUCGGAGGAGUACUACCACACGCUCGGGCCAGAAGGAGUAUCAAGUGACUUCUGCAGCAGUAGAUAACAAUAAUAAUCUACGGGUUUUGAAUAGCAAUCACAUUACAGAAAUCACGGAAAAGCCUCCCGGUCCAGUGUUGCCUGAGGUUGAUGAUAUAAAAUCACAUUUUGAGCUGCGGUGUCGUAUCAUUGGCCGAAUUCCCUUUCCGAUGAGUAAUGGUCCGUAAGAUUCCAAGAACUUUCUGGUCACUAAAUUUUGUAGAAAUGCAAGCGAGCUUAGAUUUAGGAACAUUUAUGUUCACUUGUAUCUUUAAUUAGUCAUCUUUUCUCGGAUGGUGCGAUCUGCAGUCUGCUAUUAGUUUGCAACAAAUUUUGUGCUAUAUUUUCCCCAUUUUUAUGCUUGUACGAGAUCCUUUAGCUCCGGGAAAUCAGCAAUUUAUUCGACAUCUCGAAUAGUUGAAUGUUGCAGUAGUGAAACAUGCGAGAGGCAGUCGACGAAAAUUAAAUUUAAUAAGAUUAAGCUGUUUCAAAGCACAUUCAAGACUCAUUAAAGACCCUAAACUCAUCCAAUUAGAUGCCUUGAAGAGUGGGUUCAAUAAUUUUAAAACUAUUGGUCCUGAUUUCAAUUCGGGUUUAUACAAAACAAAUUGGUCUGUGUUUGGUUGGAAUCGACCACCCAUGACCAUAUUACAUAGUUUUCCUUUUAAGUUAUGAUGAUAACUUGUAUUUUAGCGACUUUUGUAAAAUAACAUUACAGUAAGACA